CUCGUGCUGCAGCAGUUUGCCUCGUCCUCUCGCCGUCACACAUCGCCUCCGAUGCGCCUCUAGUAUGACCGCCAAGAGUAAACGAGCCUCCGAACCGCGCCGAGCCAACAAGCCCCUCAUGGAGAAGCGCCGUAGGGCGAGGAUCAACCAGAGUCUCGCCGCCCUCAAGACCCUCAUCCUCGACUCCGCCAAGGCGGACAACACCAAGCACUCCAAGCUGGARAAGGCCGACAUCCUCGAGCUCACCGUGCGCCACUUCCAGCGGCACCGAAGCCUCGACGUCAAGGGGGUGAACCAGUACAAGGCCGGCUACGCCGACUGCGUCCGUGAGGUGCAACGCUAUUUGGACACGCCGGACGCCCAGACGAUGACCAUCAUCGACGCAGGGGUGCGCCAACGCCUGCUCCGCCAYCUGGACAACUGCGUCGCGGAGGUCGACGUGGAUGUGAGGAAUGCGGGCUUGCCACCCCCUGAAGAGCGGCUCCAACCCCCGGACUCGACCCUCGAAGAAGUGAACAAUAAUCAAAAUCAGCUCGAGGAAGCUAAGGAAGAAACAGCGGCGAAGAAAUAUGAUGGAAAUUUUGUCCUUUUGCUCCCGGAGCAUUAUCUACAGUUAGCCAACGCUCUAGGAGUGAAUUUGAGGCCGAAUGAAGGUGGGGCCGAUCCUGGGGCUUCCUCGGGGGAUGGUUCCGAAAAUUCGAAACAGUCGAGUGGAGAAAAACCGCUGGAUUUUAGUAAAAGUAACGACAAUUGUGAUAUGUGGAGGCCAUGGUGAUUUUUCGAGUGGAAAUUUUACCGGUUUUUGUUAUAUUUUAACUGUUGGCGAAUUUGACUUCUAUCUAGUCAUACUUUUCAAAGACUUGAGCUAUGUUUGUAUUUUAUAAAAUGCUUUACAAUGUUAGAAAAAUGUCUGUAAAUAAAUUGUAAAAAAUCGUACU